UUCUCCUGCUGCCUUCCUCCGUUCUGCGGCAGCGGCGGGGACCGGCUCCUGCGCGGACGGCGCCCGGCCCGCCGGCCUUCGGGGAGGACCGACGGAGGAGGCGCGCGGGGCUCGCGGGCGGCCCGGGGGCGCCGGCCGCUUGGCUGCGCUCCAGGCCGUGGGUCUGGGCUGCGAGCGCCGAGCGCCCAUGAGCAGCGCGGCCGGGCCGUCCUAGGCUGCCGCGGAGCCCCCCGACAUCGGGAGCCCCGGACGGGGGCGCGACGCCAGGGUGGGGGGGUAAAUGGAUCGCCAUUCCAGUUACAUCUUCAUCUGGCUGCAAAUCGAGCUGUGCGCCAUGGCCAUCCUGCUCACCAAAGGUGAAAUCCGAUGCUACUGUGAUGCAGCCCACUGUGUUGCAACUGGCUAUAUGUGUAAAUCGGAGCUGAAUGCCUGUUUCUCGAGACUUCUUGACCCCCAGAACACGAAUUCCCCACUUACUCAUGGCUGCCUGGACUCUCUUGCAAGCACAGCAGACAUCUGCCAAGCCAAACAGGCACAAAACCACUCCGGCACCGCUGUGCCCACAUUGGAAUGUUGUCAUGAAGAUAUGUGCAAUUAUAGAGGACUGCAUGAUGUUCUCUCGGCUCCCAAGGGGGAGGCUUCAGCAGGGCAAGGAAGCCGCUAUCAGCACGACAGCAGCCGGAAUCUCAUCACCAAAGUCCAGGAGCUGACCUCUUCCAAGGAACUGUGGUUCCGAGCGGCCGUCAUCGCGGUCCCCAUCGCCGGGGGGCUGAUCUUGGUGCUGCUCAUCAUGCUGGCUCUGAGGAUGCUCCGCAGUGAGAACAAGAGACUGCAGGACCAGCGGCAGCAGAUGAUCUCUCGUUUGCACUAUAGUUUUCACGGACACCAUUCCAAAAAGGGCCAGGUGGCCAAGUUGGACUUAGAGUGCAUGGUCCCGGUCAGCGGGCAUGAGAACUGUUGUAUGACCUGUGAUAAAAUGAGACAGACUGACCUCAGCAACGAGAAAAUUCUCUCACUGGUUCAUUGGGGAAUGUACAGUGGGCAUGGGAAGCUGGAAUUUGUAUGACCAAGUUUUAUCCAAGUUAAACUAAAUGGAGAAAAAAAACAACAACAGAAAAAAACAAAACAACUCUUGAAGGCCUUUGGGUUCUGCUGGACAGGAGCACUUUAUCUGAAGAAAAACAAAACAAAUUUCACUAAGCGUCUUUGAGAGACAGAAUAGCCUCUACAAACAGAGUCUUGGAGAUUUCUUCUGAAGGAUUAUUUGCACAGAUUUAAAAUACACUCAAAUGUAUUAUUUGCUUUAAAGUGUAAAAGCAAAAAGUAGAAGUUGUACACUGUCACCAGGAUUAUUUGAAUUGUAGGGAGCUGGAAAAUGAGUACCAAAAUAAACUGAAAUAUACAGUAUACAAGCUCCUAUAUGUUUCUUGAUUUAUUGUAAAGAUUUAAAUAUAUAUAUAUAUAUAUAUUUUGUCUGAAAUUUAGUGGUGUUUUUCUUAAAUUAAAAAAAAAUAGUUAGAAGAUGAUCUAACUGCAGGAUUAGCUUGUAUAUUUGAGGCUCUGUUGCAAGGAAUCAAUGCUCAAUAAAUGUUUUGAUCUGAUCUAUUACAGUGUUAAAAGUA